AUAUCACAAUGAAGGCGAAAUGAAUGAAAAAGAAAAAAAAAAGAAGUCUUGUUUCAAAGUAAAUACAACGUUGUUUAAAUAAACGUUCUAUUACAUAAUCAGCAAUCUUUUACAAUUUCCAUUUUCACAGAUUAAAAGUUUACAAUUAUUAGUUGCUAACUAGGAAUCAUGAAUACCAUGAUAAUUGGUAUACUCUGUAUAUGUACUUGUUUGAUGAUAAUAAAUGCUAAUGCAGUUCCAACAAACCCGAGCACCGUUGUGGCUGAAAGUCACACGAGCACCGUUGUGGCUGAAAGUCUUACCUUCAAAGAAAAAAUGAUCAAAUUAUACAAACAUUGGAUGAAUGAAAAAGAAUUUAAUCCACCAAAAGAGAGUGAAUUCUAUGAAAGAUUUUGGGAAUUAUUUAAACAUUGUUUCUUGAAUUCAAAACAAUUAGCCAAAAUUCUUCCAUUUUGAAUUUGAGUGAUUUUAUUAACCGUGAAUUAAUGAAAAUAGUUUUAAUGAAUCAUUUCAACAUUUUGAUGAAGUAAUAUGAAUUAAAUACAAUGAUAUUUUAAACUUUGAAAUAUAUAUUCAUAUGC